AUGCCUGCCACAUUACACGAGCUUAGCAAGGAGGCAGUCAAAAUGCUUGGAGGCAAAGAUCUGAAGCCUGUCAAAUCCCUGUCAGACGCCACCAAAUUCCAUGAGUUUAAUAUAUUGCAGAAGAACCCUCAGUCAUGGUUUUGGGAGCCACGUGAGGAUAUUCCCACCGGAUUCUCCCUCCUGAAGAUCUUGGAGCCAGGUGUUUCAGACCCAGAGACUGUAGAGUCAGUGCCCGUCCCCAUCAGAGACACUGUGGUCCAGAAAGUGAAUGCUGAUGUAGGUGUUAAAAUUGGUGUAGAAGGGCAUGUGUCAGGGGAGUUUGCUCAAUCCAGUGGAUAUGACAUCAUGGUUCGGGGUAUUAGUAUCCCAGAACCAAACCUGGAAAGUCUUCAAAACAGGCGCUUGAAGGAUCCAGAGCCAACAUUUUUGAAGAAUUGUCGAAUAAAUGGGGACAACCUGUACGUGGUGACAGAGGCCUUUGAACUGAUCAAGGACACCACACUGGAAGACAGCAGCAGUGUGGGUUUUCGGGGAAAACUGACCAUCCCCUAUUCUAACAAGGGUCAGGUCCAAGGAGAGUGGCAAAAAGAGAGGAAGAGAACAAUGACUGUCCCAAAGGGCACCGUGGUGGCCUACAGGAGGAAACAGCUGGUCAUCAAGAAUAAAAGUUGUGCCAUUCUCCUCUCCACUAAUGCCAAGAGGAAAACUUUUGAAGAUGUUCGUAAACAAUCACUGUGCAGGACUCUUGUUUUAACCUCAGAUCUCAUGCGAUGUGAGGCUGCUGAACUUUCUAUAGGAUUACUUGUGAUUCUCUUUCUAGGAAAGGUAGAGGAACCCUUCCACCAAGAUUUCAAGUGCCUAGAAAAGGAGGUUUCUGAGCAAACACGCUUACUUGCCGAGCUCUCAAAGGAUGUUCAAGAUGUUGUGUUCUACAGUAUCCUGCCCAUGCUUGGGGACAGAGAGGCUCUAUAUGACCUGAUGGACAUGCUGGAAUUGGAUCAAUUGGGACAUAUGGAUGGCCCUGGUGGCGCAAUCCUAGACAAGCUGAGACAGGACUCAAGGCCUCUAUUGGUUAACCCAAAGAAACUGUUUCUUUAUCUCCUUCAAGCUCUAGCAGUGCUGAGUGACAUUCAACUUUAUCUGCUGGCUCAGUCCAUGGAGAAGAGGAUCCUGCUCCAGCAGCGAGAGCUGGUAAAGAGCAUCCUACAACCAAACUUCAAGUAUCCCUGGAGCAUUCCCUUCACUCUCCAGCCUGAGCUUCUCGCCCCACUCCAAGGUGAGGGCUUGGCUAUCACUUACAGCUUACUAGAGGAGUGUGGCCUAAAGAUGGAGCUAAAUAACCCCAGGUCAACCUGGGAUCUGGAAGCCAAGAUGCCCAUGUCUGCCCUCUAUGGGACCUUGUCAUUGUUGCAGCAGCUUGCUGAAGCCUAA